AUAUUAAGGUGGACCUUCGAUGGACAAGAAAAGAAAUAAACUUUUUAGAUACCAUAGUAAAACUUGAAGAAGGUUCAAUUGAGACUGACCACUUUUGUAAACCUACUGACAUGCACCAGUAUUUACACAUGCACACCCAAUACACACUAAAAGGGCAAUCCCAAAGGGUCUAGGAAUGAGAAUACGAAGAAUAUGCUCGAAAGAAAGUAACUAUGUAAAACAAACAAAUGUAUUAAAAUAAAUCUUAAAAAAACGAGGAUACAAAGAAAGAAUUAUAGAGACAGAGUUAAGAAAAGUGGAUAAACUAAAAAGAGAUGAUCUACUAGAUUAUAAAAAUAGAGAUAAAAAGGUCAAGAGUCCCAUUAGUAAUAACUUACUCUAAACUUUUGCCUAAUAUUUCUAAGAUAGUUUGGAAACACUUGCGGAUUCUACAUAAUUCAGAAAAAUUGAAAAAAGUAUUUCUUAAGGCCCCAGUUGUAGCAGUCAAAAGAGAAGCUAAUUUAGGUGAUAUUUUAGUUGACAGUAAACACAAUUUUAAAAUAAGAAAUUGUCCAACGUUGUCUGCUUUUUACAAUGUACCACCUCCCUCUGUAAAUCCAUCUCAAUUUUGCAUGCAGCUUCGUAGCCAGUUUCAAAGCCAAGAUUCUGCCUCAGUCCGCCAGAAAUACGCAGUUGUGAAGUCACUGUGUUAUAAAAGCUGUAUCAAGUAUGUGUGUAAAUCAUGCAAGUGCGCUCUGUAGCACUGGCAACUAGUAAUAAAGUUGUCAAUAAGCGGUGUGCAGUUGCUAAUAUCAGAAUUCCAUUAACAUUAAAGUCUAUGGGACGGGAUUGGUUCCUAUUGUCUAGAUGUAUAAGGAGGACAGGAUCUGUGGAAAUGAAUGUCAUACUAUAAUUUUUAAAAUGGUGUAUCAACUUGUGUUGGUUGCAAUUGGCAGUAUAUUGCAUUUUCAAAUUCAGAAAAGAUCUUCUACACAUACUGUUGUGUCUCUGCUACUUCUGAUCUUUCACUGUAUCUUCUUAUGAUUCUAUAUGACAUACGCAUCCACAAUGUUUUAGAAUUUUCACAUCCUAGUCUUGUAUUUUAAUGUAUUAUUUUGCACUGUAUUUAAUGUUUUAUGCAUUGUUUUUUAAUGUAUCUUGUAAAGUGCUUUGAGGUAAGGGUCCACUAUGAAAGGCGCUAAGAAAUAAUAAUAUAUAAAAUAAAGAUUGAUUGAUUGAUUUUGAUUGCCGUUUAUAGAUAAAUGAUGACUGGGUGCAGGAGUUUGGCUCACUCACUGUAAUUUGGUACUGUAUAUACAUCAUGAAGUCAGCAAAUAACAUUAUUCUCUUUAAGUCAUGGAAAUGCUUACGUAUCAGCCCAUUAUAUAAAGCAACUAUUCAACCCAUUUAUGGGAAUGACCUUAGACUGAUACAUUAGAUCCCAUUGGGUUUGAUAGACUUAAUGGUAUUAGGAAGGGCAUUUCACAAAUGAAAGCUAAAUACUAAAUUAUCUUUGCUGAAAAGUGUAAUCAAAUAUACAUGUGCAUUAUACAAGAUGAACUGUUCUUGAGGUGAACUGGUUUUAUUCACAAAUUGAAAUAUAAAAAAUCUCCUUUUUUAAGUAAUGAUAUUGUAUAGUGCCAUCAAUUUUAGUUUUCUUGUUACAUGAACAGCAUGAGUAAAAUUAGUUAUUUGACAACAUUAUAAAAUAUGACAAAACAUAAUUUAAAUAGAUUCUAAACUUCAUUUUAGAGAAAGAGAAAUCAACAAUGUAUGUUGGGAUGGUCAAUAAAUCGUCCCCUUUUUAAUCAAGCGGGUUGGAUGUAGUCUGGGUUACAGUACCUUCAUUGCGAUCAUGUCACUACAUUACACUGAGGUUCAGUAGGCAGGUACUGUAACUGUUGCUACAAGGCACAGUCUGUUACCAUGGAGGCAGAUUGGCCCUCAGAAAGAACCUUUAUUGUCCAGAAAGAGGGAGACAAUCCCAGUGGUAUCCCAGACCGUGCAUUGUAAUUCAAUAACAUGCUAGGGGUCAGAUAUUUCUCCUUAACUUCCAAUGUAUAAAAACAAAACUGAUUUAUGUCAGUUUGGAUUUAAUAUUACAUUUGUUUAUGAUAACAACAAAAAGAGAAUGUUGGAAUACAAUCAAAACAAUGAUAUGCUUCUUUGUUAAUGAAUAGUUCAUUUAUACUUUUUAAAGUCUUUUUUUUUACAGUUAAAUGUUUUGAAAUCCAUAUCCUUAUAUAUGUAACAAUGAGCAAAAGAAGGCGGAGACACAGCAAGAGAAGGAAAAGCUCCAGCAGCACAAAAUCCAGCCACUCUCUGUUUCCAUUUCAAUGUCACAACAACGACACCACUAAUAAAGCUUGUGAAAAUGAAAAUGAUGGGGCUUUAGCUGAAAAGGGUGCAGCUGAUAUAUCGCAAAGAGAGGAUGUACUGGAAUCUGAUGAAUGUGGGGAAAAUGAACCCUGCUUCAGACAUGAAAGUAAAGGAAAUAGCCAAGAAACACCUGACGCAGACUGUCAAACUGGAAAAGAAGAAGAUAAAAUCACACCACCCGCUGACAAAAAUGACAAAGUAGUGACAAUCACAACAAGAGUCAAAAUAAAUGAUCAAGAGGUGUCAGCUUUAAGAAGAAUAACAGUAAGGCAUCAUCCUGAUAAAGAUAAAUCUAACUUGUCAGUAACCACUACCAAAGUCAAAUGCACAAUUUCCAACAUUAAAGUGGAAGUAAAGGAAGUCUUGCAUUCGGCUGACCCAGAUUUCAAAGCUAUGUUUGUGGUUGAGUGCAAAGAAGGGAAGAGGAAGGAGACUUGCACUCACAGAGAAAGACAAUUGGGUCAAUGUCAUUUUCCAAAUAAUGAAAACCCAAUGAGUCACUGCUCUUUUAAUAUAAAUGGGAAUCCUACAAGUUUUAGCCAGGACAGCAGAAACCAUGUAUUUAAGAUGAGAAUCUCAGAAAUUGAUAAAGACUUUAAUAAGGUUAGACAGGAUUCCAUCAAGUGUGACAAGGACACAGGUUGUUGUAAAAGCUGUUGCAAAGACUGUAAAAACAAGUGCUGUAUUUGUAACCAGGAGCAAAGUGGCUGUUCCAAUGAUACAGACAACUCAGCAACUGAGAGGUCAAGCAGCCUUUAUCCUUUAUCAGACUGUAGCCUACUGUGGACAGAACACUCAUCUGACACACUAGGCACUGAUGUGGUUUCAGAUAUACCUCCACCUGAUGAGUUUGCAGAUAAAGAGUUGAAAUUAUUAGAUGAAAUCACAGAGGGCAUGUCCUUAUUUCAGAUAAACAAUGGAGAUAAGUCUGACACCCAGACUGAGACAGCCAGGAUCAUGGAUGAAUCCACUUCCUCUGAUAGUACAAGAUACAUGUCUGGAAGGAAAGAGAGUAAUUUGUUUGGCAGUGAGCAGAGUGGUAAUGCAGAAGGUUAUAAUCCCAUGUUUAUGGGCCCCAAAAUGCCAAUGAGUAGAUCAAGCUUCACUAAAGAUUUCAUUCACAAACAUGAAGGGAAAACGUGGCUGAGAAAUAACAGUAUUGCCAUUUUGGAAACAAAAUCAAGUCCAAACUGUUACUUAGAAAAGCAACCCAAGAGAAGAAAGACGUUCCCGGGAACUGCCAGUGUUUUCCCCAGAAUGCGUGAAAGCUUGCCGUCCUAUAGAGAAUCUAUUUCUUCUGGAACUUUUCCACCCUUUUUUAUGAAGGCACUCCCUUUGGGCUCUGAAAGACUAGACAGGGUUCAUAUUGAACAUAGAGGGACUUAUCAUUUUUGCGCAGAACACAGAACGUCUUCAGAUACUGGAAGUGAUUGCAGACCUGGCUCAUGCCACAUUAGUUAUUCAAGACCUCUCCUUUUAAACACUUCAGCUUCAGUUGGAAGCAAGCACCCCUUUUACCCGUCUGAAUCAGAAGAGAGUACAGACGAAGUCUACAAAGAUUUUCAACACAACCAGAAAGCAGUCGAAGAUACUUCUCUUCUGGCCUUAAAUUCACACAAUAAUGUAUGUACCAGUCCUGACACCAUUAAUGGGUAUUCCUCUGGAGAAAGCUACCAUUUUGGAUCUUUGGAACUUGCUGAGUUUGCUGAGAGUGGCUUUGAUGAGGAGAUGUUGGACAAUGAUAACCACAAUCUUGAGCUUUCUGGGGAAAUACCAAUUAUGAGCAAGGAUUUAAUGAUUCAAGUAACACCACCAUCAAGAAGUAUCUCCUAUGAGUAUAUUGACGAUAAAGAACAUGUCGGCAGUGGAGUAUUUGAUUCACUGAAUGAACUUGAGGGUAAUGUACAAAAUAAUGAUAUUGAUCUACAAAAGAUAUGUGAGCCAGGCCUUAGUCCAAAAAAAAGGAGAGGUUCGGUCAAGACUGUAAUUAUAGGAGAUUCAGAGAAAAGAUUAUUGAUUCAAAAUAACAGCCCAUCUCCAGAUACAUCUGUUUCUGAGAAACAUCGGAGUGACUUUUUCACUUGUGUUUAUGACAAUCCUUCUGUAUCACCUAUUUUAGAUGUGGACGAGACUGCGACAGAAGGAAGUGACCCACUGAAAUCAGAAUCCUCUUACCACAACUCUCUGUCGUUUGAUACAGGGGCUUUAGACCUCGUGUCUGGGGUAUUAGAUUCUGCAGAACUGUCUGAAGAUCAGCAGACACUUACUGAACACACAAACAGUGUAGAGGUUCCAUCCCAGAAAAGCACUGAACAGUGUGAAGAUAGUUCCGCAGAUCCAGAGAAAAUGGAAGCAGGGAAUAUGGAUAAAGCGUGUGAAAACAAGGCUGUAUUCGUCCUGUCAGAGGCAGAUGCCUGUCAGGAUGUGCAAACAAGUGGCUUCAUUUCAGAGUUGCAUGAAAAAGCCAGUGACAAAAAAGAGAAGUUGCAGAAAACAGAUACACUUGAUGAAAAGCCAAGUGUCCCAAAAUUCCCAAAGGAGACAAAGACAGAGGCUAGAACCCACCUGAAGCUACCUUGUGACCAUGUACUGAAAGACAUGCGACCUAAAGAGAGCAUCCCACAAGAGGAAUCAGAGCGCUGGGCAAAGAGACGCAUGCUGUUCAAGGACAGCAAACAGAGGAGCUCUGCUGGUGGCAGUUCAAACACAAGCAUCAUAACAGAAGAGUCAGUGAACUCAGAGGAGACUCGCUCUGUGGAUGUGGGCGUGCGGGAGAAUGAAGACAAGGGGUUUUAUACAGAAACCUUCCACUCAGCCUCCUGGAUCUACAGAGGAGAUGACAUCAGAGCAAAUGACAGCCCCAGGUGUCUGAGCAAGAGACCCCGACCAGUAGCAAUUCGAGAGAGGACUGUGAAAGUCAUCAAAGGUACAGGUGACUAUCCCUGGGGAUUCAGAAUUCAAUUUUCUAAACCAAUCUUGGUGACAGAAGUAGACACAAAUGGUCCUGCUGAGGAGGCAGGGCUGCUGAUGGGUGAUAUUGUAAUGAGUGUGAAUGGAACGGAUGUCACCAGCAUACCGCACUCUGAGGCAGCAGCUUUGGCCCGGCAAGGCCCGGAUACCCUCAUCUUAGUCAUAGGUUCAGACAUCAGCAAAUGCCCGAAUACUCCCAAACCAGCUUGCCGGGGAUACCUUCACAAACGCACCCAGUCAGGCUUCCUGAAGGGGUGGAGGAAGAGGUGGUUUGUGCUGAAGCAUGAUGGCUGCUUUUACUAUUACAAACACAAAAAAGAUGAAGGAAAGUGCAGGCCCCUUGAGGCACUGAAGUUAGAAGGUGCUGAAGUGGGGCCGGAUUUAAGCCUCGGCAAACCAUUUGUGUUCAAGUGCAGCCCCCUGUCUGGGAGUCGAGUUUUCUACUUCUGUGCUACAUCAAACCAGGAAAUGAAAAGAUGGCUCGAGGCAAUGGAGAGAGCAGUUCACCCUGUCACUCAGAAUCAUGUGUGGGUGGAUGUCUCUAGACACAAUGCCAGCCUCCCCCCGUUGGCUAUCAAAAAUCCUGAAUGUCUCGGUCUCCUUCACCAAAUGGACAAAAACAAGGACAUGUGGGUGCAACACUAUUGCAUAUUAAAAGACGGAUGUCUGUAUUUCUAUGCUGGCCUUCGUUCAACAUAUGCUCUUGGAGGGAUCUACUUACAUGGGUAUACAGUGAGUGAACAGUCCCUAGGCUCCCGCCGCUCUGUGAUUGAAGUUAAACCCCCUUCUGAAGAGUUUAAAACCUUCUACUUCAGUGCAGAGAAUGCAACUGAAAACAAACGCUGGAUUUCUGCAAUAAGCGCAUCAAUUAGCAAGUGGCUGCCUUUACACCAGGCUAUUCAAGACUUCAUGAACCGCCCUGCGGAGGAGACACGGAUGUGAAGACACCCACCCUGCAGAUUGACUCUUGUACUGUACAUUUGCCAACAAGCAGCUUUGUGUUUUUUAACUGUAUCAAGUGCACGCUAUUGUUUGAGAAUGUGGGUUUCUUGAAAGCCAUAGCAUUGGCCAAUAGGAUUAAGUAAGCUAUGUUAAGAUGUUGUGUUAGAAAAUGGAAAGUGAACAUCUGAACAUUGUGUUUAAUCAUUUGUGUAAUUGUUUAUCGUGCAGGUAAUAAUGUAUAAUUUAAAUGGACGGGUUAUCUAAAUAUUCGUGUGUUUAUAAGUAAAAGGCAUUGUAAUUCACUAUAUUGGUUUAUAAUUUCCAAUUUUUAUAUUUACAUAAUGUUUACACAUUUCUACGUGUGGUAGUCAGUAUAGUACAUAUAUAAAAAGUGAAUACAUACUUAGUACAGUACUUGAAAAUAAGUCGGAAUCUUAUUAUGCAAAUAUCCUUAACCCUAACUUUAUAUUUACUUUAGUUUUUAGUGACCCAUUGGCCAUUAUAUUUUUGUACAUAAACAAUGUAAAUAAAAGUAAUGUAAAUACCAAUAUCCAUUUACACUUUCUCAUUUCAAAAUAUGUUGAAUAAUAAAAGUACGACCCUGACCAUUUUGGAAACCAUUUAUGUCACUUUUUUUGUAGCAAAAAAUUACUUAAAAAACAGAGUUGUGGAAAUGUUAUGAGACAGCUGCUAAAAAUGUAAAUACGUUAAUGAUUCAUAUAAUAGCCAUACAGCCAAGAUGAAAUUAAAUAUUUUUUGUCCUAGGUUCAAUCGCUUCAAGAUUUACACUACUCUCUGGAAAUCCUUGUUUAAGCAACUAGACAACGAGAACAUUUCUAAGGUCACCCUUGCUCCCUCUGGGCUCAGAUGUUAUUUACUGUCUAGUGAAUCAGACAGGUUCAUCCGUCCAGACUAGAAAAAAAGAUACACAAGCACCAUGCAGAAAGAAAUCGUCUGAAAAUAAUUUAUUUAGGUAGUCAACCACACAGACACUGAGCACUUGAUUUCUCAGAAUGAUUAUCUCAGUAUGGUGUUGCUAUGGGACUGUGUACACAAGAAAUGCAUAUAUUAAGAACUAUAAUUAUUUGUCUUUCAUAACCUAGCUGCGAUGCCACAUUGCUUCUGUUAGGGCUGCUGUAGCUGUUAGAGGACUGUCAUUUGUGCUUAAAGACAUCUGGACACAAAACUAUCUGUGUCACAGAAAAACAUCUUUCAAUUCUUGGAGAUUGCUAUGUCGUGCUCUCCUGUCAAGAUAUGUCAUACAUGUUCUUCACCAGGGAGGGGCUAUGGAAUGAAAGUAAAAUAGCUUGGACAAGACACAUACUCUCUAUCAGAAAUGGCAAUAUUAAAAUGGGUCGACACGACGGAGGGCGGAAACCGGAAGUCGGCCAUCUUGGGUAAAGUGCAUAACUGCAAGUACUCUAAACAACUCCACUGCGAUCAGAUACGGGUCAGGCAGAGAUUGGAUAAACCAUGGCAACGGGCUGAUUGCAGGGAGGAGUUUGGUGGUACAAAGGGACUGUAGUUGCGUGAGUACGGUCCCUUGCGCUGAAACGUGACAGACGGUCGGAUCCUUGCUUACUUUGUUUUGUUUGCUACGUGUUUCGCUGGUAGAGGGGUGGCUCUUUUUGUUAUUGUUUAAAUAAAUACAGACGUUUUGGGGAGAAAUACUGCUUGGACCUUGUAUCGGGUCCCACACCACAUGCACCUGAAGACACGUAUACAUAUGCAAUUUCUUUCAAACAGUGUAAAAGUAGAAACAAUGGAAUUCAGCUCUGUAGGCAUCCUAUCUACAGCUGUAAUAUUGUAAUUCUUACCAUAAAUUGCCAUUUGGUCCUGUUUGGUCUUUUACAGCUCCGAAAUGUAGAGUAUAAACAAAAAGCCUGAUUAAUCUGUAUUUUUCAUGUAUGCAUCCUUUCCCUGUAUCGUCUUAGUUAAAGCUGAUGUUAUGUUCCUUCACUUAAUUAUCCAUUUCCCAAGGUCUGGCAGUGCUGAUAAAUGUUGUCUGUUCUGGCCCAGGUUAAUUACAGGUCCUUAGAGAUGGAAAAACUGAGCAUUUCACUGGAAAUGGAAUUCCUCUAGGGGUAAACCACCAAAGGCAGAUGCAUGUAAACAAAAACAUUGUAACUUAAUACAACACAAAUAAUCCUGCACUCAUUUACUGUACACAUAUGAAAUAUAUAGUGCGCUUGAACAAAAGUUAUUGUAUU